AUGGUCAUUGGAUAUGGUCCCGUGACAACAAUAUCUCGCAUCGAUGUUUCAGGCCUUAAUGGGGAUUAUAUUACUAGUGCAAGUGAAAAGGAAGAGAGUUUCAUGCAUGAUUCAGAGAGAGCAAAGGAGCUCAAAGCUUUUCAUGACACAAAACUUGGUGUGAAAGGACUUGUUGAUGCAAGAAUUACACUAUUCCUUGGAAGCAUUGAUGAAGAUCCAACUGAACGCAAAAGGGUGAUUGAGAGAGUGAAAGAAAACAUCAAAGAUUUGAGGUUUCUUUCAGAUUGUGAAUCAUGGCAUCCAGAGAUUAAUCUAAAGGAGAUGAUAUAUGGGAGCUAA